AUGCGUUGUCAAGUUCCACCUGGUCCUGGAGCUGAUUGGGACAAUAGGUGCUGCAGGAGGUGCCAAAGUGUGCCGCUUUUAGGCAUUGCGCCGGUGAUAGAGGCUGAAGGUUUUCUUGAAAUGAACGGGGCCAAGAUCAAGCUGGUGGGGAUUGGGGGAUCCCUCAGGAAAGCGUCCUGCAAUAGCGGCCUCCUCAGAGCAGGCCUCGAGUAUGCAAGCACCCUGAGCGACAUUGACGCCGUCCGCGCGGACUACAGCAAGGUUCCCCUGUACAACGCUGACCUCGAGGUGAAGGAGGGUGACGUCAUCAAGUACCCCCCCGAAGUGGAAGACUUCCGAGCCAUGGUCGCGUCGGCUGACGCCUUCCUGUUUGCUUUCCCAGAGUACAACUACUCCAUGCCAGGCGUCUUGAAGAACGCCAUCGACUGGGCAUCCCGCCCGCCCAACUGCUUCGGCGACCGGCCGGCAGCGAUCAUUGGGGCCGGGGGGGCCCUUGGAGCAGCGCACUCCGCUUACCACUUCCGCCAGUCGGGCGUCUUCCUGGACCUGCACUUCAUCAAUAAGCCGGAGCUGUUCGUCCGGAUAUUCAGCAAGCCCUCGCCGUUCGAUGACGACGGGAACCUCAUCGACGGCCAAACGAUCGUGCGCGUGCACAGGGUGGUGGACGCGUUGCGGGACUUUACAUACCGACUUAAGGGGCUGCCAAAGCCUGAGCAGUGAGACAGAUGCCCGCGGCGUCUGUCCGUCAAUCGUUGUAUCAUAUGCGUGGCAUAAUGAGAACUGUAGAAAGCAUGAUUAGCAAUUAGCAUUGUUUGUCGAGCUGUUUUGCCGAUGCCAGCUAGAGUACAGAUUCAAUGGUUCGUAGCAGCGCAUGUCAGUGAUAGCAGAGCGCUGCUUGGUCGGAGCUGUCGGACAAGCGGACAAGCGCGAAGAGUUUGGCGCGCUGUGUGAGUUCGAUCAGUAGAAGGUGGUCGGCGGGUCAGCGAACGUCGUCCAAUGGUGUAGGGUGUCGCGGGCUCUGCUAUCAUAUCUUAGAGAUGUACAAGGCUACGUACUGAUGCGGGCAUGAAUGUAGAACAUUGAUUGGAGUAAGAUCGCAGAGGAUUUGGAAGGGGAAGAUAGGAUGGUCCCUUAUAGGUACCAUCAUUGCCGUAUGCUAGACGCCUGCCAAGUCAUUGUACAAUGGUCUUGUGGCUAUGCUGGCUCAUAUGAUCCUGCGCUUGAAAUAAGCUAGCUAGUGGGUUCGAAGCUAGCCGCUGAGCUGACAUCGAGACAAAGCACCAGUUCCGCGCGCUAAUAAAGACCUUUGAAUUGAACAUAUCAUUUGCGCGUCAGUCC